CGGAACUACACCUUUAGAGUUAGUAUAUAAGAACCAAAAAUGCAUAGAAAGACACAGUUAAACUCAAAAUAUCCUUUGUAAAACGAGUGCAUUUCAAAUACUUCAAUAAUGAAGAUCUUCGUGUUUUUACUUAUAGCUGUGGCUGCAGUUUCUGCCACGAAAAAAUGUCAGCCAGGCACAUCAUUUAUGAUAAAAUGCAACUUUUGUGUUUGCUCAGAGGACGGAACUCAAAUUGCAUGCACCAAAAUGGCUUGCCCACCAGGCCCUGAGCCAUGGGGUCCCCUCUACAUCCCUGGAACUCCUUGUCCUGCCGAUGUCUUCUAUAGUGAAUGCAAUCAGUGUGUUUGCGGCUCCGAUGGAAAGUCUGCGGCUUGUACAUUGAUUCUUUGCGAUGCUUUUCAACCAAGCAAAUAAUAUAAAUAUGCACUAAAAGGAUUUUCAAAAAUCAAUAACAAACUAAAUAAAACAAAUUGUUUAUAUUUUGUAAACUUUUUGCUUCCUCAUUAUUAGCAAAUAAAUAAUUAAAUUAAAAA